AUGAAGGUUCGUUUCGUUAGUGUCGACACGCACUCUGAAAAAAAAACGGUUCAAACAAGAGUUCCGUUUCAAUCCGCUGACUCACUUCACCUCUUCCAUCAGGUUAACCAAAAUUGAACAUUGUGCAGGAACAACAUUCGCGUCAGUUUUAAUCUCGCUGACGCCCCUCGCACUCUCCACUCUCUUUUGUGGUGUUUUUCUUCACCCGACCACCGUGUUAUGUCGACAAACCCGCUUCUCUUCGAUCGAUUUGGCCACUCAAAGUUUGCCUUUCAGAAGUUUAAAUCGAUCCCGAUGUCUGCUUACGAUGACGUUCUCGCAAAGAUUACUGCGCCAGUGCUGACUGCCGAAAACUGGGAAGGAAUUCUGGGAUUCUGUGACAUGGUGAGUGAAAUACAUGUGAUUCAAGUUAUUUCGCAAUACUUUUUAGAUAAAUAAUGACUUGGAAGGCCAGAAAUCAGGACUGAAAGCACUGAGAAAACGUCUCAACAACCGGGAUCCGCAUGUCGUUCUGCUUGCCAUUUCGGUGCUUGAUUCGUGCUGGGCAAACUGCGAGGAACGAUUCAGAAAGGAGGUCUCUUCGGCUCAGUUCAUCAACGAACUCAAAGCACUCUGCACUUCGGUUAGUUUCCUGCUUUUCCUGUAUUUUAAAAUUCGAAUUCAAUGUACAGAGCCAGCGUCAAGUUGCCGAGAAAAUGCGAGUGACCGUUCAAAAAUGGGUGGAUUCCGAGUGCAAGAAAGAGCCGUCGCUUUCUCUCGUCGUUUCGCUUCACAAGAAUCUCAUUGCUGACGGCUACACAUUCGUUAUCGAAGAUCCGAAAAGCAAGAAUAAGGCGAUCGAUGCUAAAUACGCGAAUGACCCAAAUUACGUACGUUUUCGUUCUGUUCAAUGCACAAGUUCUAUCAAAAGGACAUUCAACCUUGUAUUUUUGAAGUUUAUUUUUAGUUUUUAACAUUUUAGGUGGCGUCUGCACAAGAAGAGGAAGCCAUCGCGAAAGCAAUCGCUGCUUCGCUGGCUGAUGCAGAAAAGCAGGAAAAAGCGAAAAAGUCGACGUCUUCGCCCAUGUAUCCGUCAACGAAGACGAGCACUACAGCGCUCACCAGUGCCCCAGAGCGGAAAGUGAGGGCUUUGUACGACUUCGAAGCGGCGGAGAGCAAUGAACUGUCGUUCGUUGCUAGAGAUAUCAUAAUUGUCACUGAUGAGAGGUCCGUUUUUCUCUGCAUUCGUCUGAAAAACCAAUGCGCUUUUCAGCAAUCCUCAUUGGUGGACUGGCCGUAUUGGAACUCAGCAGGGACUUUUCCCUUCUAGUUUCGUCACAGCUGAUCUGGAUGAUUCGAAAUCGAAAGAAGCCGAAGCGACUCAGAAAGCUCCCGAAGUGGUGGCUUCAAUCAAUGAAGCAAUUCUCGUCCGUUGUCUGCAAGUGCUCCACGAGUGUGAUCCGACUGGCGAAAGAGCCGACCCUCAAGAUCUGGCUCAGCUGGAAGCUGCAUCUUACGCUCAAGGGCCUCUGAUCGACGCUCAUCUGGCCAGCAUCGAUAGACAGAGCAACUCGCUCGCUCAGAUAGACAUUGCCAUUCGGGACGUUCUGGCUGUUUAUGACGAUGCGAUUCAGAAAGGCGGCUUCCAGCAGAACCAGCCAAUGUACCAGCAGCCGAUGCCUCAGUACAACUAUCCACAACCCGUGAGUGACUCUGCUUUCUCUUCAAAGAUAAUUCUUAAUUUCAGCAAUACUAUCCUUCCGCGGCUCCCGUUCAGCCUCAACAACAAUAUCCGCAGCACUACACAUCCACUCCGACCGCACAACAACAGUACGCCUACCCUCCAAACGUCUCCUCCGCACCUGUUCCCCAACAACAACAGCAGCAACAGCAGUGGAACUCGGCUCCUCAGCCACAACAGUACUGA